CCACUAAUUUUAUUAACGGAGAUUAACGCAACGCGCAAUUUCUGUUUGACCCUUGGUCCAGCCCAUAGUUGAAUGAACAGAGAUGCAGACAAAUGUGACUCUCUCUAAAUGAGUAAAAGGUUUUCAUAGAAAUAAGAACAUUAAGCAAAUUGUCUACCAAAUCCAACGCUCUAAAUGCUCGUUGGACAUCUGAUAUGAUCUUUAUUUAUACGUCUGAGAGGUGUAACGUUACCGUCCUCCUAAUGCUUAAUCUAAUACAAAGAUGCGUCUCAAUUUAUUUUGGUUUCGCUUUUAUGCAUGACUUAGAAAAUAGACUGCAGGACUUGCUUGAUGUUAAAAGAGUCAUUAAGAGAGAUAAAGUUCGGUACCUGAUUAAUGUUAAAGAGUUAUUAAGAGCGACAAGACUCAAAAGCGAUCCCCUCACGCUGACUGACUGAUAUCUGAAGCGCGUGCACACAGACGCGCGAGUGCGCGACCCGGAUAUAUAGACAUCUACACAAAAUUACAGUUUUACAAAUAUCUGUUUUGAUAAGAAUUCACGCAGACCUUUCCUCACCAGAGCGGGAAGCUGUGGAGGAGUUGUGUCCCGGCAUUAGCACCAGGCGGUACAGCAUGCCUCACAUCACCCUGGCUCCAGGCACCCGGAGACGACCGAGGCACGCAACGAGCGAGCACCCAUCUCGAUGCAGCUUCACGGACCGCUGUCUGGCGAACGGAGACGCCAUCGCCCAGCAUGAAAACGGUAAGACUCCGCUUGUCAUUGUAACCUGCACUACUUGCCACAUGUACAGUUUAGCUUCUUCCGUCAGCAUAGAGGGGUUUACAUGUGCUAAGUGUAUUGAAGUAGUAAGGCUGACGGAGAAGGUUGCAGAACUAGAAGCGCGCAUCCGAACGCUAGUUGAGGACAGAGAGACCGCUAAUGUUAAUGUUACAAACACUGUUUCGGGUGCGCCUAGUGUUAAACGUAAUACACAUGGCUCGGUUCCGACUUCAGAGUCAAGGCGGCUGACUAACUGGGUGACUGUCAGGCGGCCUAGUCGCAUUCGGCAUCCAAAUCACGUUCCUGUUUUAAUAUCAAACAGAUUUUCUCCACUCAGCAAUACACCGGCUGAGACAUCUGUUAAAGGUGCCCUGGUUAUUGGAGAUUCUAUACUCAGGAACGUUGGCAUUGAGGCACCAGCCACCAUAGUCGAUUGUAUACCGGGAGCCAGAGCGUCUGACAUUAGAUCCAAACUUAAAGUGCUGGCUAAUGCUAACCGUAAGUUUUCUAAGAUUGUUAUUCACGCCGGCACGAAUGACACCAGACUCCGCCAGUCGGAGAUCACCAAAGAUACUAUUAAAGAGGUGUGUGAAAUUGCAAAAACAAUGUCAGACAAUGUAAUUUGCUCUGGUCCCCUCCCCGCCUACCGGGGGGAUGAAACUUACAGUAGAUUAGUGUCUCUUCAUGGCUGGAUGUCAAAGUGGUGCCCUCAGCAUAACGUAGGGUUUAUAGACAAUUGGAAGCAUUUCCGGGGAAGACCUGACCUGCUAAAGAGAGAUGGCCUCCAUCCGUCUCCGGAAGGAAGUGCUAUACUCUCUAGAAAUCUGACCAAUAGUCUUACUUUUGAUAUUGUCUGACU